GUUAAACCAAAGCCCCGUGGACCACCCGCGGCCCUCAAACGAGAACACCCACAUGGCCUACUAAAAUGGCAGCAGAAGCAGAAGCCAAGAUUUCUGGAGCUAUAGAGAAGGAAUUGGACAUUAUAGACAAGCAGUGCCUGAGAUCAUUGCAGGUCAAGGCAUUUUUGUGCAGUGCCAAGUGCUGUGAGGAUAAAACGAGCUCCCAAUCCGUGCUCCAAGGUUGUAUGCAGCAUUGUAUGGAACCAGUUCGUCAAGCAGAGGAAACCAUCAAAUCAGAGAUCAACCAAAUUCAGGAUCGAUUGACUCGAUGCUCUUACAACUGUCAAGAUGUGUAUAAAGAUGCUCUACCAGCAACUGGCGAACCAACAUCCCAGCAGCUGGAGGCAGCAAAGAAGAAAGGAGAACAGUGUAUUGUUAAUUGUGCAGAUACACAUUUACCUCUCAUACCUAAAAUGAUUGCCAGGUGUAAAGCAUCACUGUCAUGUUGAUUGGUUGGUUCUAGCUCACAAGAUCAACAAAUAUUAUUUAUAAGAGUUUGUUAUUGUUUAUGAUAAUUUGAAUGGUUAUGUUCACAUCAACGAGGUUGUUAUUAUUGAA